AUCCACUCCCAUCCUUCCUUGCGGGUCAUCGCACUGUGACAUUCACCUCGCCUCAUUGAUCCGCGAUCCAGCGCACUCCAUUCUACCCCGACGUGGCAUUCAAGGACGCGUCUCGCGUCGUUUCUAGCACACCAUGCCACCUCAAUCGUCGGACCCCAAGAUCAAUACACUCCUGCACAAGAUUGCGUCCGAGCGCCGCAACUUGGAGGGUGCCAAGGCCAUCAUCCGCACGGUCGAGGCAUCAAGCCGCAAUGAGCAAGUGAUCCAGCAAGCACAGAAUGAGAUCCGUGCCGCGAACGAAUCGAUUCAAUUCUUGGAGGCCGAGCUCUCCAGGUUGCGCCUCACGGACGGAAGCGGAGCAGGAUCGUCUGAUCCCGUGAGGCAGCCCACAACUACGAUGACCCAUGACCGAAGGGCUUCCCCCCCUUCCCCCCCGCCCCCACCUCCGCCCAAGCCCAAGCCGUACUCGCAGCUCGACCUCUUGCGUUAUGGCACGCCCUUGACAGGUCCCAAGAUUGCGCGCAUGCUCAAACAGCUCAAGUUUAAGCUCCAAGUAGAGGAGCAGUACAAACUCGGCAUUGAGAAAAUGAUACACGCGUACGGGAAUGACCGGCGGUUGCGCGCUGAGGCCGAGGCCAAACGCCUCGAGUCGGACGCCAAAAUCCAGCUGCUUAGCGCGGCCAAGAAGCGCUACGAGGGGCUCGAGUUUGCAGCCGUUGAUGACGACCCAGACUUCUUUAUCCUCGAUAACAAGCGCAAGGAGGCGCUCCGCAAGCCCAUUCAAGGCCAACUCAUCAUUUCGGUUUUGUCCGCGACUGAUCUCAAUCACCGCGUCGCCCGCCGUUCAUCCAAGCUUCACACUGAAUCAGUCGUCGCUGUCAAGAUCGAGGGUGUCGAACGUGGAGUGUCUAGCGGGUCCCGCAAUGAUCGGUGGAACGAGGACUUUGAGCUUCCAGUCGAGCGUGCCAACGAGGUGGAGAUCACUAUCUAUGACUCGAUCGGGCCAAGCGAGCAUGUCCCCAUCGGCAUCUUGUGGCUGCGUGUGUCCGACUUGAUGGAGGCACAGCGUCGCCAGAAGACGGCAGCUGAGGCGGCUGGACCCGGGUGGGUCACUGCCGACAAGGCGGCGUCCCUCGGCAGGGCUGGAGGUGCGGCCGACUCUACGUCUCUCCACCAGCCCCAGGGCAACCAGACUCUUGCCCCGCAGGGUGGUGCCCCCGGAGGGUUGGGCAGGAGCGAAGCGAUCGAUGGCUGGUUCGCCGUUGAACCAGCAGGUGCGCUCCACCUAAAGCUCGACUUUGUGAAGGACACCGUGGCUGGUGGCGGUCGCCGCCCCUACGAGGCUCUUGGGCGACAGGGCGCCGUGCGCAAGCGCAAGGGCGAUGUGCACGAGAUGAACGGGCAUAAGUUUGUUCAGCGCCAGUUCUACCAGCCCAUCAUGUGCGCGCUGUGCCAGGAGUUCCUCCUCACGGGCGAAGGUUACCAGUGCGAGGACUGCCGUUACGCUUGCCACAAAAAGUGCUACCCCAAGGUGGUCACCAAGUGCAUCUCCAAGACGAACGCAGACGGCGAGGAUGAGGAGAAGAUCAACCACCGCAUCCCUCAUCGCUUCCAACCGUUCACGAACAUGUCCGCCAACUGGUGCUGCCACUGUGGCUAUAUGCUGCCGUUUGGCCGCACGAAGGCCGUCAAGUGCACUGAAUGUGGGGUCAAUUGUCACCAGAGCUGCUCCCACCUGGUCCCCAAUUUCUGUGGCAUGACCAUGGAGAUGGCCAACGAGCUCUUGUCAAAGCUGCAGUCGAUCAAGUCGAUGCAGGGCGCCAAGAAGGACCAGGCCAUGUCUUCCUCAAGCAGGCUGCCUUUGCCCUCCACCCAGCCGCCCAUACAAGUUACCCCACCCCCGACCCAGCAGCAGCAGCAGCAGACAGCCCCGAGCACGCCGCGCCCAUCCUACACCCCGCCCGACCGCGUCAAGCCCUCCCCAUCGCCCUCGCAACAGUCGUACAACAACUACCGUCCUCCGGUGCAGCAACAGGGGCAGCAGCAACAACCUCCGCCCCAGCCGAGGCCACUCCCGUCACCAUCGGGCUCCCACCGCCUCAGCUACGAUGGACGGUCAUCCGCGUUGGAGCAGGGCCCGCUGUCGACGCCUUCCCAACAGCCUCCUCGCAUCCCCUCACCUCAGCCAUACAGCCAGACGCAGCCGCAGGCUUCACCGCAGAAGCCUAUGAGUGGGUACCGGCCGCCCAUACCUGCACCGCUGCCGACGGUCUCCAUGCCAUCAGCGCACCCAUCACGACCGGAGCCCGACCGGCGGCAGCAGCAGCAGAUGAUCCCAGCACCGAUGUCGCCCGCGAAGACCGUACAGCGCAAGAGAAAGAUCGGCCUCGACGACUUUAACUUCCUCGCAGUGCUCGGCAAGGGCAACUUCGGAAAGGUCAUGCUGGCAGAGGAGCGCAUGACAAGCAACCUCUACGCCAUCAAGGUGCUGAAGAAGGAGUUCAUCAUCGAGAACGACGAGGUGGAGAGCACACAGUCAGAGAAGCGAGUCUUCCUCGCCGCAGCCGAGGAGCGCCACCCCUUCCUGCUUGGCCUGCACUCAUGUUUCCAGACCGAAACGCGUGUCUACUUUGUCAUGGACUACAUCUCGGGAGGCGACCUGAUGCUGCACAUUCAGCGCAAGCAGUUCACGCUCCGCCAGGCCAAGUUCUACGCGUGCGAGGUUCUGCUUGCGCUCCAAUACUUCCACUCAAAGGGCAUCAUCUACCGCGACCUCAAGCUCGACAACAUUCUGCUCACGCUCGACGGGCACGUCAAGGUCGCCGACUACGGUCUGUGCAAGGAGGACAUGUGGCACGGACGAACCACGACCACAUUCUGCGGCACGCCAGAGUUCAUGGCUCCCGAGAUUCUGCAGGAGCAACCCUAUGGCCGUGCUGUGGACUGGUGGGCGUUUGGUGUGCUUACGUACGAAAUGCUUCUCGGUCAGUCGCCGUUCCGCGGCGACGACGAGGACGAGAUCUUCGACGCCAUCAUCGAGGACGAGCCGCUGUACCCGAUCACGAUGCCGCGCGACGCCGUCUCGCUUCUCCAGAGGCUCCUGACACGCGACCCCAUGCGCCGCCUGGGCGCCGGCGAGAGCGACGCCGAGGAGAUCAAGCGCCACCAGUUCUUCGCCGACGUCAACUUCGACGACGUGUACCACAAGCGCAUCCCGCCCCCGUACUUCCCGACGAUCGGCAACGCGACGGACACGUCCAACUUCGACCAGGAGUUCACGCGCGAGCAGCCGACCCUCACGCCCGUCCACACACAGCUCACGGCCAAGGACCAGGCUGAGUUCGCCGGCUUCAGCUGGAUCGCGCCCUGGGCGACCGCGCCGUAAGCUGUGCCGCUCCAUUCCUUUGGGGCACAGCAGAUAACUGCCGUUCUGUUGCCCGGCGGGAGCCACGCCCCGGGUAUGUGAAACGUUGGCAACGUAGAAUUAGUUAACUUGCACGUACGAAGCAUGCAAGAUGCUGCGAUAGAGCGUGCGCGUGUCGGCGCACCGCGCCUCUGUUAUGAUUUAAUGUGAUUCCUGGGCGUAAUCCUUACACGUGGUUACCUCGAGCUUGUUAGCGGUGUCGCGUACAUUUGGAGCAAUGCAAGGGCCUCGUCCAGCUCGUCCUCCGCCUGAGCGGAUCCCACAUGCGUCCGCACGCAACAGACACGCCUGCAGCGCCCUCCAUCAGGCCUUAAGGACCAUAGAGAGUCGUCAUCCCGGCCGGGCGUAGCCUGGCCAGCCGUUGAGUGCGCC